ACCUCGGACUCAGUCUCCCCACCUCCCCCUACAACAGAUGGCUUCUCCCUGCCGCAGGUCCACCAGACCCCAGACCCUGGCCUGCCUUCUGCUCGGUGUGGGUCUCUUGGCGCUGCACCUGUCGCUCCAGCAAGCCCAGAGGUCCCAGCGGGAGGUGGAGCCGGAGGAUCCGAUUGACCACGCCCCCACCACUGCGGCCGCCGUGCAACCGCAGCCACGCCACGCAGCGCCCCCGUGCGUGGCCAACGCCUCCGCCAACACCACUGCCGGCUUCGAGGGGCUGCCGGCGCGCAUCCAAGACUUCCUGCGCUACCGCCACUGCCGCCAGUUCCCGCUGCUCUGGGACGCGCCGGCCAAGUGCGCCGGCGGCCGCGGCGCCUUCCUGCUGCUGGCCGUCAAGUCGUCGCCCGCCAACUACGAGCGGCGUGAGCUCAUCCGACGCACGUGGGGGCAGGAGCGCAGCUACGGCGGGCGGCAGGUGCGCCGCCUCUUCCUGCUGGGCACGCCGGCGGCCGAGGAAGCUGCGAGCGCGGCGCAGCUGGCCGAGCUGGUGGCGCUGGAGGCGCGCGAGCUCAGCGACGUGCUGCAGUGGGCCUUCGCCGACACCUUCCUCAACCUCACGCUCAAGCACGUGCACCUGCUCGACUGGUUGGCGGAGCACUGCGCGCACGCGAGCUUCGUGCUCAGCUGCGACGACGACGUGUUCGUGCACACGGCCAACGUGCUCCGCUUCCUGGAGACGCAGGCGCCCGACCGCCACCUCUUCGCCGGGCAGCUCAUGGACGGCUCCGUGCCCAUCCGCGAAAGCUGGAGCAAGUACUUCGUGCCGCCGCAGCUCUUCCCCGGGCCGGCCUACCCGGUGUACUGCAGCGGCGGCGGCUUCCUGCUGUCGCGACACACCGCCCGGGCCCUGCGCGCGGCGGCCCGCCACACGCCGCUCUUCCCCAUCGACGACGCCUACAUGGGCAUGUGUCUGCAGCGCGCCGGCCUGGCGCCCAGCGGCCACGAGGGCAUCCGGCCCUUCGGCGUGCAGCUGCCCGGCACCCAGCAGCGCUCCUUCGACCCCUGCAUUUACCGCGAGCUGCUGAUCGUGCACCGCUUCGCGCCCUACGAGAUGCUGCUCAUGUGGAAGGCGCUGCACAGCCCCGCGCUGAGCUGCAGCCGGGGACACGGGCUCCCUUGAGGCCACGGGGCGGCGCUGGGCCGACGGUUGGCCUCGCUUCGUGGCCGCCACACGGGAGGCAGGUUUUCCGUGCUGUGGACGCACCUCGCCUACUCUCAGCACCUUCGUCGCUCAGCCGGGGCCUCUGAACCUUGAGUGCGU